UCGCUUCUUCAUGCAGUGCGACAUUUCAGUCUGUCAAAAGCUUUAAGAAUUUUUAUUUUCACCAUGUGCACCCGAGAUCCAAAAAGGGGUAGUUAAUAAUAACAUGGUUUUGCCAUUAUUUUUCGAAACAACCUCCUGGCAAAACUGACACACUUUGUGAAGCCCAGAAACGCUCUCCACGACCCCUGGGACCUUGCCUGUUAGGGCCCACCUGGCAGGCGACGUGUUACAAAUCAUAUGAUCACUUCAGGUCACGUGAGAUGUUCCGAAAUUUCGUAUUGGGUUAAAUCCAGAUUGAAGGCUGUUUUUACGGAUUGCUUAAAGAACAGUGUGAUAGUUUAAAGUGGUCGGGAGUGACUCCCAAGGGUCAGUGAGAAGUCUCUCCAGGCGUCUGUCUAUAAAGUGGCUAAAGCCUUCUUGUGUAGCAAGAUGAUGAGUGUGUAUUGAGUUCAUCACUGCUGUCCCACGCUGAGCUGACUGUGUGCUGAAUCCUCAUUUUCAUACCCUGGGGAGCAGACAGGUCCCCAUUGAAGUCCGGAAACUCAGCCCUGCUCCUAAUUCUCCAUACAACAGGGCUUGUAAGAUACCCAUUUAUAAAACUCAGGUUUCCUGGAUAUAACCCUCCCAUCCUCACUCUGCAAGGUGUGGCCCUUGCUCCCUUCAAACUUUGUCAGUUGUGAUACCUAUAUAAGCACUCUUCUCACCCCUGACUAUAAAAAACAACCUGGAUCUCCCCUUCACUUUCCCCUCCCUGUCUGCCCCCACCCUCCACCCUCUCCUCUCCAAGUGACAAUUUCCACAAAGUCAUUUGAAUGGGGGUCACACAACUUGGGUGCCCUGCUCCUCCUGGCCUCUGAUCAUAUGUUCCUACACAUUUUGACAUGCCUUUUUUAAAGACUCUCUCUGAUUGGAUGUGAAUAGAAAACCCUCUUUUUGGUGUCAGAUCAUACACUUUUAAUGACUGACCCAUCCCAUAAGACUGUAUAAGAAGACCUGUAAUAGGUCCCACAAGGCGUACCCUGCAGGAGCUCUGAUCAGUACCUGCCCUUGCUCUUCUUACAGUUUCCCUAAAAACUUGUCACCGUCACCUAAACCCAGCCCUUCCUUCAGUCCGGUUGGCCGUUGCCAUGGCAGCCUCGGCACGGGAGCACCUGCUGUUCGUGCGGCGGCGCAGCCCCCAGAUGCGUUACACUCUGAGCCCCGAGAAUCUGCAGAGCUUGGCCGAGCAGAGCUCUGGGCCGCCCGAGCCAAUGGGUCUCCAGCGUGCCAACAGUGACACCAACUUGGUGACCUCGGACAGCCGCUCGUCGCUCACUGCUAGCACGUACGAGUUCACGCUGGGGCUUGCGCAGAACCUCAUCAUCUCCUGGGACAUCAAAGAGGAGGUGGAUGCCACUGACUGGAUUGGGCUGUACCAUAUUGAUGAGACAUGUCCAGCCAACGUGUGGGACUCGAAGAACCGUGGGGUGAACGGCACGCAGAAAGGGCAAAUCGUUUGGCGCUUGGAGCCAGGGCCCUAUUUCAUGGAACCGGAGACUAAGAUCUGCUUCAAGUAUUACCAUGGAGUGAGUGGAGCACUACGGGCCACAACGCCUUGCAUCACUGUCAAAAACCCCGGCAUUCUGGUGGGAGCUGAAGGCCUGGCGGAGGGCGAGUCGGUAGCUGAGCACUGUCGAAAACUGGUCAGCUUUACUCUGUCAGAUAUCCGUGCUCUGGGCCUGAAGAAGGGCAUGUUUUUUAACCCUGAUCCCUAUCUAAAGAUGUCUAUCCAACCUGGGAAGAAGAGUACUUUCCCAACCUUUGCCCACCAUGGUCAAGAGAGAAGGUCUACCAUCAUUGCCAAUACCACAAAUCCCACCUGGCAUGGAGAGAGGUACACCUUUGUGGCCCUGGUGACUGAUGUGCUAGAGAUUGAGGUGAAGGACAAGUUCGCUAAGAGCCGGCCUAUCAUCAAGCGCUUCCUGGGCAAACUGAUCAUCCCCGUGCAGAGACUGCUGGAGCGCUAUGCUGUGGGGGACCAGACCCUGAGCUACACACUCUGCCGCCGAUUGCCCACAGACCACGUCAGUGGUCAGCUGCAGUUCCGAGUCGAGAUCACGUCCACAGGACAUGAAGACGCCUCGCCAGACACAAUGGGCUCUCUUCUGGGGGCUACUGCAGUGAAUGGGGACCCAGGGAGCCCCUCUGAUGAUGAGGACCUGCCAGGUGGCCCUCACCCCCACUCCCAGCCUGUUCCAGGGACCACUAGGGAGCCCUCUCCCACCGGCUCGGAAGGCUCCGUGCCUGGCGAGGUCCUGCGCAAUGGGGAGGGGCAGGAGGAGGACGAGACAACCAGGGAGGGCGUGGAGGGGGGCGCCGAAGGAGGAUUUCAGCUGCGCUGCACCCACGCACUGCGGCAGGAGUCCCUCAACGACUACCUAGAUGCAAUCGAGGCCCCGAAAGGCCCAGGGGAGCGGCCUUUGGGUGCCGCAUCGCCCAAACUACGCAGCAGCUUCCCGACGGACACGCGGCUCAGCGCCAUGCUGCACAUUGACUCCGACGAGGAUGAGGAGGUGGGCCUGCGACCCGAACCAGGAGGAGAGACGGAGGGGGGUCUGCUGCUGCUGCUCAACGGGGGCCUGGAGGGGAAACCCCCCCGGACGGAAGGGGGCGAAGUGGAGGCGGUUCAACCGAUAGAGGAGAUAGAGGGGACAGCUGUGGCCGUUGCCCAGCUGCCUGAAGAAGGGGAGCCCCCCUCCCAUAGCCCCCCAGGGCCUGAUGUCCAAGAGGGGCCAGAGGAGCCAGAGCCAGGGGGGUCCAGCCAGGAGCAAGAGAGCGAGGUGACAGAGGGUGGCCCCAGCUCAGGCACGGGCACCACCCGUCAGUCAUCCACAGGCUGUUCCUCCUUUGACAGCAGCCGAUACCCCGCCUCCUCUUCACAGGAGGAGGAAGAGGGAGGGGCACCCUCCAGCGACCCAGGAGGAGGGGGGUCUUCGGAAGCUACACCCACCACCAGCGAUGUUGCUGAUGAAGGAGGAGGAUCCGGUCAACCUGCUGUAGGAGGGGAGGAUCCUCAGGGAGCGACAGCCGCCAAUGGGGAUGAAGAAGAGGAAGAGAUCUGGAGGAGGAGGCAGAGUCUGCAAGCUGCUGGAGGUGAAUCGCAGGAAGAGGACGUGAGGUCAGCUGGGGCCAGUGGCCCAGUGGACUCAGGUCAGAGUGCCACAGAGACUGACGGAGAUGCAGCCUCCCAGGUCAAUGGGCACCAGCCAAUGCGUUCGCUGCCCUCAGUGCGUCAAGAAAUCAGCCGCUACCAGCGAGUGGAUGAGCCACUGCCACCCAACUGGGAGGCCCGUAUUGACAGCCACGGUCGGGUCUUCUAUGUGGACCAUGUGAACCGGACAACCACCUGGCAGCGGCCUACCGCCCCCCCUGCUCCCCAGGUCCUGCAGAGAUCCAACUCCAUCCAGCAGAUGGAACAGCUGAACCGCAGGUAUCAGAGUAUCCGGCGGACAAUGACAAACGAGCGGCCCGAGGACCAGGCAUCUGAGAUCCCCCCUGAAGACGGCGACCUGCUGCACCACACUAUCCCGGAAUACCGGCGGGAUGGCAUGCUGCCCCCCUCCAGCACCCGCUCACGCCUCAGCCUCCUGCUCCAGUCGCCCAGCGCCAAGUUCCUGACCAGCCCCGACUUCUUCACCGUGCUGCAUUCCAACCCUAGUGCCUAUCGCAUGUUCACGAGUAACUCCUGUCUGAAACACAUGAUCAGCAAAGUGCGGCGCGACGCCCACCACUUCGAGCGCUACCAGCACAACCGGGACCUGGUCGCCUUCCUCAACAUGUUCGCCAACAAGCAGCUCGAGCUCCCGCGCGGCUGGGAGAUGAAACAUGACCACACAGGCAAGCCAUUCUUCGUGGAUCACAACUGCCGCAGCACGACCUUCAUCGACCCCCGCCUUCCGCUGCAGAGCGCGCGGCCCAGCAGCCUCCUGGCGCACCGCCAGCACCUGACCCGCCAGCGCAGCCACAGCGCCGGGGAGGUGAGCACCCGGCGCCUGGUGGGUGAUGAUUCCCGGCACUCUGGCCCACCCGUUCUCCCUCGUCCCUCCAGCACCUUCAACACAGUUAGUCGCAGCCAGUACCAGGACAUGGUGCCUGUCGCUUAUAAUGACAAGAUUGUGGCAUUUUUGCGGCAACCCAACAUCUUCGAAAUCCUGCAGGAAAGGCAGCCAGAGCUCAUCAGGAACCACUCGCUCAGGGAGAAGGUGCAGUUUAUCCGCAGUGAGGGUGCCCCUGGCCUUGCCCGGCUUUCCAGUGAUGCUGACCUUGUCAUGUUGCUAAGCUUGUUUGAAGAGGAAGUGAUGUCAUACGUACCACCCCAUGCCUUACUGCACGCCAGCUAUUGUCAGUCCCCACGGGGCUCGCCCGUCUCUUCCCCCCAGAACUCUCCAGGUACUCAGCGAGCAAAUGCCCGAGCCCCUGCUCCUUACAAGCGGGACUUUGAGGCCAAACUGCGCAACUUCUACCGCAAGCUGGAGACCAAGGGCUAUGGGCAGGGCCCAGGGAAACUGAAGCUGAUUAUCCGCAGGGAUCAUCUCCUAGAAGACGCCUUUAACCAGAUCAUGGGCUACUCCCGCAAGGACCUGCAGAGGAACAAACUCUAUGUAACCUUUGUAGGAGAGGAGGGGCUGGAUUACAGUGGCCCAUCGCGAGAGUUCUUUUUCCUUGUGUCCCGGGAGCUAUUCAACCCCUACUACGGCCUGUUUGAAUACUCUGCCAAUGACACCUACACAGUGCAGAUCAGCCCCAUGUCUGCCUUCGUUGACAACCACCACGAGUGGUUCCGGUUCAGUGGGCGUAUUCUGGGCCUGGCCCUGAUUCACCAGUACCUGCUGGAUGCCUUCUUCACCCGACCCUUCUACAAGGGGCUUCUCAGGAUCCCAUGUGACCUCAGUGACCUGGAAUACCUUGAUGAGGAGUUCCACCAGAGCCUGCAGUGGAUGAAGGAUAAUGACAUCAAUGACAUGUUGGAUCUCACCUUCACCGUCAACGAGGAGGUCUUUGGGCAGAUCACAGAGCGAGAGCUGAAGCCGGGCGGCGCCAAUAUCCCUGUAUCGGAGAAGAACAAGAAGGAGUACAUUGAGCGCAUGGUGAAGUGGCGUAUCGAGAGGGGCGUGGUACAGCAGACUGAGAGCCUGGUCCGUGGCUUCUAUGAGGUGGUUGACGCCCGGCUGGUCUCUGUAUUCGACGCUCGGGAGCUGGAGUUGGUGAUCGCUGGCACUGCAGAGAUCGACCUGAGCGACUGGAGAAACAACACUGAGUACAGAGGAGGAUACCAUGACAACCACAUAGUGAUCAGGUGGUUCUGGGCAGCAGUGGAAAGAUUCAACAAUGAGCAGCGACUCCGACUGUUACAGUUUGUGACUGGCACCUCCAGCAUCCCGUACGAAGGCUUCGCAUCGCUCCGGGGCAGUAACGGUCCCCGCAGGUUCUGCGUGGAGAAGUGGGGCAAGAUCACGUCUCUGCCCAGAGCUCAUACCUGCUUUAACCGUCUGGAUCUGCCGCCCUACCCUUCAUUUUCUAUGCUGUAUGAGAAGAUGCUGACUGCUGUGGAGGAGACCAGCACCUUCGGUUUGGAGUGAUCCCUGCUGUUGGCUCACCUCUGACACCUGACCUCUGGACAACAGCCCUGAUUCCCCUGGCUACUGGUUACCUCCUUAUGCUUGAGAGCUUGGGACAUGACACAGUAGAAACACACUGGCAGAGACACACACCUGGUUCCAUAAACUGGUAUCAUAAACAUGUACUGUUAUGCACUACGCAGGUAUACAGACAUGAACACAUUCACAUGCCUAGACAUAGCCAAAUGUAAACCUCACAUACACAGAGAGAUUCCCACUCACAAAUUCACAGGUGUGUUCAUUUCCAAGGGGCUCAUUGUCAGUGUGUCUGUGGACUGGGGGAAAUCCGGGGCGUCUCCUGUUGAAAUUUUUCAGGACACAAGCCAUGUGGGACUCCUUCACGGAGACAGAGAACAUCUCGCUGGAGUUGAUAUUGAGGAAAAAGGGAAGGAAUUUGCACCCAACCGUCUGCCACCAUCAAUACUCCCACCCCAAACCCUACCUCCCGUUCUCCAAUCGCACUCAAUUCCGCCCUCCACCGACCUCAACUUCCGAUGGGAGUCAAGGACUAAUCUCUCCCGCCAAUCACAGGAAGUCAAGCAAAAAAAAACACAUUUCUGAUAGUAUAACAAUACAAGAGACUCAUGUUUUAAUAUUUAAAAUAUGAAUUCCAAAGGACGUAACUGCAGAGUUUUCUGAAUCAGUGAAGUGAUAAUAAGCUCUAAGUUCUGGAUGUUAGACAAACCCUCUUUUGCAAUUGUAGUACAAGAAUCGACAUGCCCCUGACAUUCUGCCUGAGCAGAGACUGUCCUGCAGCACACAGGGAUUGUGUAAUGUGGUGGGUGUCAGUUUCUCUGUGGUAAAAGUCACUAAGUAACUUAGUGACAAAAGCAAAUCAAGGAAAAUGAGCCUGUGGUGAAAGAGGGGGUGGUCUGACAGCCCGGAGGGGGCAAUUCCUCUAGUCAGUUACAAAUACUGACAAACACACGCCAUACACACACAGACAAACAUGCACACAGUGGUGUUUGACUGCGCUGCAACCCCUUUCUCUUCAUUGUGUUUCACAAACGUUAACGGUUCCUCCCACAAACCCCGAGGUAAAAUCUGCUGGUCUUCAUUUUAAAACACCUGUACAUUGACAGGAAUGAUCUAUCACUAAAAGCACUUUUUUUCUGUACAGUAACUGAAGCACAGGGCAGUUCUUAUCAAAAGGUCGACAGUUCACUCUACUGCUGUAGUGCGGGUAGGAAUCUGUGCUCAACUGGGUAAUACACUCUCUCCUGGCAAGGCCUGACUCUGCACCAUUACUGCCCACAUGUGGUAAACUGUUCAUUCUAAGGCCAUCUGUUUGUAAAAGAUACUCAAGUCAGUUACAGACACCACUGUGAAUACACCCUACAUGUAGUUAAACAAGUCUGCAGGUUUCGCAUGAUAUGACAAUGCUUUUUUAAAAAGGAAUUAUUUUUGUUUUAUUAUUAUUAUUGUUUUUGAAGCAAAUUAAGAAUGAAGUAUCCCUUUAUGUUUUUGGCUUAUAAUCUGUUUCACACACAGCCACACACAAAUCAGCAGGCGUACUUGUAUACACAUGCACUCACACAAACACCCCCACACUUGAAGGUAUAAUAACCGAACUUUUAUUGAAUGUGUAUAUUAUGAAACAAUCAUUUAUGAAUGCUGUCUGAAUGAAUGAAUUUUGCGAAAAAAUAAAAAAAAUAAAAAUCAGUCUCACUGCCUGGGAGGUGAUGAGAGACACUA